AUGAGCGGAGCUGUCACCAGCUCGAGAUGGGAAGUUGCUGAGCGCUGCCACGAGUGGAUGAUGGGCACCAUCUUAGUGCCAGAUUCGCGAAGUGAAGCUGUGAGAAUGAAUUCGGCUGCCCAGUCUGGGCAAUGGGCGCAUGCGCUUCGAAUGCUGAUGUGGCGCAACCAUCCCGCUGGUCAGGUCAUGUACAAUUCUGCACUGUGUGCAUGCGAAAAGGGUGGCUGCUGGCGGCAUUGCCUGCAGCUUGCACGUGCCGUUCAAGCCUUUCGCUUGGAGCUGGAGGAUUGCGGGUGCAAUUCUGUUAUGGCUGGUUGUGCAGUAUCGAGGCAGUGGCAAUGGGUGCUGCGCCUUUUUGAUGUUUUUGCAGAUCUGGGCCUUGGCAGCGCUUGCACCUACACUGUAGCCAUCGGCAGCGCGGAGCAAGCCAUGCACUGGCGAGUCUUCUGUGGCCUCGCAGGUUCACUGGAUGCUGACCGCCUAGGGUUGACUAAGCCUGGCCCUCCGGGCCCCGGACCUCCAGGCCCUCCGCGGCCAGUGCCAGGCCUGGAAGGCAGUUUGACCUGCGGCGCUGGGACUGGAAACUUCGGCGUGCCAACGCCCUCAUUCGCGCAUGGUCAACCGCUGCCUUCGGCUGCGACGUCAGCUGUGGCCGAGGCAUCGCUGCACUCCGCCUUCACGUUGCAAGCUACAGGUGGUCCACCACCCAGUACCCUUGCGUCUGCCUGCUGUGUGCAUGCGUGCAUGUUUGUAUGUGUGUGUGUGUGUGCUUGUGCAACUACAUAG